UAGUUUUAGUUGUUCGUUCGUUCAAUAUGUCUGAUUCGCUUUUUGCGAAUAUGCUUCGGGUCCGUCAUUUGGUAAAAAGUAAAUUUUAUAUCUGCGCACUGUAAAAAUAAUUUCCUUUUUGUGUUAUUACUGUGUGUUACAUCAAAAGUAAAUAGAUGCAGUACAACUCCGUAGUGAACAUAAAAGGACCUAAAAAUAAGAUUAGAAAUCGUUAGUUGAAAGAAAGACUGAAAACGAAUCGAAAGUCUUUGAAAAUCGUUGGUAUUGUGGCAUCAGGAAGUCUGAUGGAAAAAAAAGUGAAAGACAGCGUUAGUGAGCCGAAAAAGGAUAAAAAACAAAUACUUAAGUUUUAAAUUUAGUCAAAGUCAUGUCGGCCAAAGUUUCUGCAGAGGUGACUUGUGUUUCGGCCGCAUCAACAUCAACAGCUGCUGUUAGUGGCAACACGACUCCAGCUAGACGAUUACGUACUCGAACUUCCACUGGAGGAAACGUAAGUGGUGGGGAUUCAGGAAAAAAGUGCAGUAGUAACUCCAAUGGAGCCGAACGCAGUACUUACUCAUCAGAUUCAAAUAAAAACAGUGUUGAAGGAAUCAAUAGUAUUGGUACAGGGACUUCGUCCACAGGAAUCGCUUCAAGUGACAAUAAACAAAGCGUUAACAGCUGCAGCGGUGUAACUGGAUUAGCUAAAAAGUACCACAAUAGUUGUCCACAUCCAACAAAUGAUCGAUGUCGGAGUAAACCAUUAACACAUUUACAACCUCACAGCUCAAGUACAUUUAACUUGAAUAAGACAGAAGAAUUCCAUUUUGAUACUCCGGUUGAGUGCCCCGUUUUUCGUCCUACACAGGAAGAGUUCAAAAAUCCCCUUGCUUAUAUUAGUAAGAUUCGGCCAAUUGCUGAGAAAUGUGGUAUUGCAAAAAUCUUGCCACCUGAAUCAUGGUCUCCACCAUUUGCUGUCGACGUAGACAAAUUGAAAUUCACACCUCGGGUGCAACGCCUUAACGAAUUGGAAGCAAAGACUCGAGUGAAGCUUAAUUUCUUAGACCAAAUUGCCAAAUUUUGGGAACUUCAGGGCUCUUCAUUGAAAAUACCAAUGGUAGAGCGUAAAGCGUUAGACUUGUAUACCUUACAUCGUAUUGUUCAAGAAGAGGGCGGUAUGGAACAAACAACGAAGGAACGCAAAUGGGCAAAAGUAGCAAAUCGUAUGUCUUAUCCAUCGAGCAAAAGCGUUGGUGCGACAUUGAAAUCUCAUUAUGAACGCAUACUUCAUCCAUUUGAGGUUUAUACAUCAGGCAAAGUACUAGGUUCUGGUACUGGAGCAGGAACAAGCGUGGAUUCAGUGAAGCUCGAAGAUGGCACUGAUUAUAAAGCUCACGAAAUACCAACACGGCAACAAAUUGCACCACCAAAUGAAAACAACGCUCGUCGCUCUAAGCGCUUUGCAAAUUCUAGUGCUAAUUGUGGGCUGGGUAGCGGAUCUGCAUCUCGCAACUGCGUGAAGGUCGAAACAAAGGAGGAUAUUAAACGGGAUCUGCUGCAUUACUUCAAUGCUGCAGGCGCUUCCACAUCAGUAACUGGGGCACGUGGUCAAAGUUGUGGAACGACUUCAACCAAUCCGACGGCUCAAAAAAAAGUACUAGAUCCGCAAUUGGUUGAUCCUUUGCUGAAAUAUAUUUGUCACAUAUGUAAUCGCGGAGAUGUAGAGGAAUCAAUGCUCUUAUGCGACGGCUGCGAUGACAGCUAUCACACAUUUUGCUUGCUACCUCCUCUAUCCAGCAUUCCAAAAGGCGAGUGGCUUUGUCCACGUUGUGUUGUGGAAGAGGUAAGCAAGCCUACUGAAGCGUUUGGAUUCGAGCAGGCUGAGCGAGAGUAUACAUUGCAACAAUUUGGACAAAUGGCAGACCAGUUUAAAAUGGAUUAUUUCCGUAAACCAGUUCAUCUAGUACCUACACAUUUAGUGGAGCGCGAAUUUUGGCGUAUUGUUUCUUCGAUCGAUGAAGAUGUAACGGUAGAAUAUGGAGCUGAUUUGCAUACCAUGGACCACGGUUCGGGAUUUCCCACAAAAAGCUCUUUAUAUCUACUGCCUGGCGAUCAGGAGUAUGCUGAAUCUAGUUGGAAUUUAAAUAAUUUGCCACUACUAGAGGACUCUAUAUUGGGUCAUAUCAACGCGGAUAUAAGUGGUAUGAAUGCACCAUGGAUGUAUGUAGGAAUGUGUUUUGCAGCUUUUUGUUGGCACAACGAAGAUCAUUGGAGUUACUCCAUUAACUAUUUGCACUGGGGAGAACCAAAAACAUGGUACGGUGUGCCGGGUUUUUGGGCUGAGCAAUUUGAAGAAACUAUGAAGCAGGCAGCUCCAGAACUUUUUGCUUCCCAACCGGAUUUACUUCAUCAACUAGUGACUAUAAUGAAUCCCAAUAUUUUAAUGAAUAACGGAGUACCUGUUUAUCGAACAGAUCAAAACGCUGGAGAAUUUGUGAUUACAUUCCCUCGGGCAUACCAUGCCGGUUUCAAUCAGGGAUACAAUUUUGCUGAGGCUGUCAAUUUUGCACCAGCUGACUGGCUGAAAAUGGGCCGUGAGUGUGUUAAUCAUUAUUCAAUGCUGCGUCGUUUUUGCGUUUUCUCUCAUGAUGAGCUUGUAUGUAAAAUGGCCUUGGAACCAGCUAAAUUGACAUUUGGAAUUGCAACUGCUUGUUAUAUUGACAUGGCAGAAAUGGUAGAUUCAGAAAAGAAAUUGCGAAAAUCUUUGCUUGAGUGGGGCGUGACGCGUGCUGAACGGAAAGCAUUCGAACUAGUUACAGACGACGAACGGCAUUGUCAAGAGUGCAAUACCACUUGCUUUUUAUCAGCUGUUUCCUGCGAAUGCACUAAGUCAAUUGUUUGCCUUCGCCAUUACACAGUUCUUUGCGACUGUCUGCCACAGAAGCACACGCUUCUUUAUAGGUAUACACUAGAUGAAAUGCCUUUAAUGUUGCAAAAACUUAAAGCCAAAGCGCAAAGUUUUGAACGGUGGUUAUCGCGAUGUCGGGACAUUGUCGAUGCAAAUACACCUACUUCAGUACCGCUAGUUGAAUUACAGGAAUUAUGCAAAGAAGCUGAGGUUAAGAAAUUCCCAUCAUCACUUUUAAUAGAUCGUUUAAAUUCAGCUAUAGUUGAAGCUGAAAAAUGCGUGACCGUCAUUCAGCAAUUAGGAAUAAACAAGGUUCGCACGCGUUCCGACAAUAACCAGGAAGCAGCUCAAUAUAAACUUACAAUGGAGGAAUUGGAGUUGUUUGUGCAGGAAAUCGACAAUUUAUGUUGUAUUAUAGAAGAAGGCACAUCUGUACGCGAACUUCUUGUUCUUGGCAAACAAUUUUUGGAACGUGCAAACGCUUUACUGCAUCGGUCAAUUGACUCAAUGGAAGAGCCAGAAAUAGAGCAAUUGAUCAGUGAAGGAAAUUCACUUCGAAUAGAACUACCACAGAUGAAUCAAUUGUUUAUGCGCCAGAAGCAAAUGAAAUGGUAUAAACUUUCGCAAGGCAUGCGAAAUACUAGUACCAAAGUAACCUAUAAUGACAUAAAAAACUUGCUGGGCAGUGCGGCGGCUGAAUUAGAUCCAACUGAUCCUAUAAUAGAUAAAGAAAUGCGAAAGUUACAAGAGAUAGGAGCCGCUAUUGAAGCAUGGGAAAAGCAGGCUACACGAUAUUUCCGAUGCACUACACAGCAGCAUGAGCUAGAUGACAUUGAGGAGUUCCUUAAAACGGCUGCCGAAAUAGACGGUCAGGUGCCAUCAUUUAUAACACUUAAAGACGCAUUGCGCAAAGCUAAAGAGUGGCUUCGUUCAGUAGAACAACUGCAGACGAAUGACCAUUUCCCCUACUGUCAUACUCUAGAAGCAAUUGUGCAGCGGGGCCAAAACAUUCCUAUUCCGCUUGAGGAGUUGAAGCGUAUGCAGGGGCAUUUAAAUAGCGCACAUGAGUGGAAAGACAACACCGCUCGGGUGUUUUUGAAGAAACAAACUUUUUUUACUUUGCUCGAAGUAUUAAUGCCCCGCGCUGAAUCCGUCAUUAUCGAUUCAGAUUUAAAGCAGCCCUUUGAAGACGAUUUUGUAAAAGAAAUGAAUCCUGCACAAAUUGUAGAUUCCUUUAAGAAAGCUGAAGAGAAAGAACUACGCGAUAUGCGUGAACUGCGACGUCAAAAUAUGUCAAAAAACCCAUUAAAAGACAUGUAUUGCUUAUGUAAAAACUCGUUUCAAGGAGUUAUGUAUAAUUGUCAACUCUGCCGUGAUUGGUUCCAUGAGGACUGCGUAGCGCCACCUUUGGGAAUGUCGAGUAUAUCUUUAGGGAAUAGCAAUAUUUCACGACUUAAAUGGCUUUGUCCGUCGUGUGUUCGAUCCAAGCGUCCGCGACUAGAAAUUAUUCUUCCGUUGCUGGUGUCACUACAGCGUUUGCCUAUACGUUUACCAGAAGAUGAAGCAUUGCGCUGUCUCGCGGAACGCGCUAUGAAUUGGCAAGAUCGAGCUCGAAAGGUAUUGACUAGUCCAGAUGUAACCGCCGCUCUCGAAGCAAUAAUAAUACAGCAACGUAAACAAAAACGCAAAGGUGUGUGUGCUACUGCUGGGGUAUUGGGAGGAAGUAAUUCACGUAAACAACAUCGACUAAGUGGCAAUCGCAACUCCAAAGAUACUGCUGCUACUUCUGAUAACCCAGAUAGUACUGAUGAUGAUGACGAAGAGUUGGGCCGCUUGCAUAUUGUGGAAGAUAAUUUCAGUAACGAGGAGGAAGAUCUCUCGAAUGUCGAUGCUGCUCCACCUCCCGAGUUACAAAAGCUUUUGUCGGAUAGUGAAAAAGAAAAUUUAAAUGAUUUAAUGAUGGAAGGUGAUCUCCUUGAAGUGUCACUAGAUGAAUCCCAAGAAUUAUGGCGUAUUUUAUCAGCUAUUCAGCCAGUGUGUGCUGCCGAAGCAGCUGCACUCCAAAAACAACAUCAAAUAAAACAAAAACAAACUGUGCAAUCAACAUCUAACGUUAAUUCAGCUGCAGAAGAUUCAAAUGAUAGCCUAUUAGUACAGAGCAGCCCCAACAGUAAUAGUGGUAGUUUAAGCGGUCGAACUCCCAUUGGAGGUAAUAAAAAACGGCGAUCGUUAGAACCAGUUACUAACAGUUGUCCAAUGCAGCGCAAAAAGACUGCAACACCUAAUAAAUCUUAUACUUCUUCAGUGAAAAAGUCUACACGCAAAUCAACAACAGAUACAUAUAGUAAACAACUUCAACCCGAUGAUGCUCUCGACAGUAAACAACCAAAUGGUGGGAGCACUACUCCCAACUCGAACACACUUUCAGGGCAGAAAAAACGUAAACGAGUGGGAGCUAAUGCAAACAACAGUGGCAAUACUGUUGGCCAAAAAAAACACUCGCAACGUACCCAAACAGCACAACAAGAAGACGAUGAAGAAGAGUGUCGGGCAGAAAACUGUCAUAAACCAACUGGUCGUGAAGUUGAUUGGGUGCAGUGCGAUGGAGGCUGCAAUGAAUGGUUUCAUAUGUAUUGCGUUGGGCUGAAUCGAAGUCAAAUAAAAGCCGAUGAUGAUUAUUUCUGUAUACGUUGCUCUAAAACAAUGGCAAUGGGGCCAGUGGUAGCAAGUAGCGCUAACAAUAUUGCCGUGUCUGUAAUUGAGACCACACCAACAACUACAGCGUCUAAUUCAAACGGAAGCAGCAACAGUAUGAUGGUAACAGGCCCGACAACCCAGCAACAAACGUCAGCCCAAUCCACUGGUUCCGCGUCGAAGGGUCGAGCACAAAUAGCACGAUAAAUUAUAUAUAUAUAUAUAAGAGAACACAGGCUCUAUAGAUUUUCGUGUUGUUUGCACUUUCGUAAGGCAAGAAGAAGAGAACUUAAUAAAUCGCAGAAUCCUAAUUCCGCUUGCAUUUUCAAGGUCCAGCAAAUGCCAAACAAGGCGAAACACCUUAAGCCGUAUGUGAAGCAUUCUCAAAUGUAUAUGGUGCACUUGAAAAAGAUGUAGAAUUAUUUAUGUCAAGAAAAAAAUGUGUCCGUAGGAAGUUUAAAGGAUUAAUUGCUAACUGCUGCAGCGUUAAUUAUUUGGAAUCGAUUCUAAUUUUCGAGUCGAAAAUAAUUUUCGUUAAGAAUUCUGUUCUUUAAAUUAUGACUUAAAUUAUUUAAAAUUUGAAAUAAUUUAUUAUUUAUGUUAUUUUGCUUAAUAAAACUGGGGCAAGCUAAACAAUAGAAAAGCAAAGCGGAUUAUAAUUAAAAUAAUUAAUUUCAGUCAAACAGUAGAAAUUAUACGCUGCAUUCAUUACAAUUGUUAAGUAAAUUUUUAAUUUCGAAGUUUUUGAAAGUUGUUUUGUGAAACAAGGUAUUGAUUUGAAGAUAUAAACCAAGUUAGAUCCAACCGGUACUUGAUAAUUAAUUCAACGUAAAUUUAUAUGGCAUAAAGAUCUGAAAUUAAAUUACUCUACAAAAUAUUUUUUCAGACAUGAGUGAAUUGCGCCCUGUAUAUACUUUACAAUAAACUGUUAUGUAAUAAGAGGGUAGAUCCGCUUUACCUACUUAUGUUAUAUAUACGCUAAACCUGUGUUGAAUAUUGAAAAGCAGAGACAACGAGUCUUUGAUUUAUAUUCGUACUAAAAUAGUGCCACUUAAACUUUACUUGCUUAUUUCAGUACAUUUAAUCGUUCCUUAUUAGAUACCCUAAAUCACGAAGUAACGUUCUAAAACUUCAUACGAAUAAGUGUUAUUGUUUAGAUUAAUUUACGAUUUAUUUUUGGCUUAUUAUAUUGGCUUACCCUUAAAAAAUAAGAUGUUUCACAUUAAAUUCAUUGAAAAUAAUUUGUUUGGCUUUAAUACAAUUUUUCGACUAAAGUAUGCUUUGUACAUUUCAAUUAAAAUUCAUAAUUAUUUGAUUGGUAUAGAAAAAAUCAGGUUUGGUAAUAUAACAGGGAUCGAGUGGGAUCUAGACAUAUUACAUACAUAUAUACAUCGUAAAACGUAUUAAUGAUAUGCAUAGUUAAGUUAUCUUAAGUCUUAGUAGGCAAAUACAUAUAUAAUUAUUUACUCAAGUGAGUACGAGCGUUCAAUUACAAGUAUUCAAUUUUUAACAUUUCACGUUAACUCCAGUUCGUUUUCUUUAAAUGCUACUCUUUAGCCUCUUGAAAUAGGAAAGUAAAGAGAUCUUUAAUUGCUAUGCACGUAACGACGGCAACACGUUGCUUGAAAACCAACUUACCAUUUGCAUACGAUGCUCAAAUAACUCCUUCGCAUUAUGGGUGAAAUUCGCAAAUGAGUUCAAUUAAUAUUCAUUCAAAAUGGUCAUCAAUUUCAAAAUCAACAAAUGAUAAUUUUGUGACCUUGCAAAUAGUAUCAUUGCAUAAAAAUACGAGCAGUUUAAGCGUUGAAAAUAGAAGUAAAAUAUUUCACAUACUUUAUGAAGCUGAUAAAAUCGAUAAUGAAUUUUUUAUAUUUACAUAUGUGUAUAUGUAUAUACAUAUGUAUGUAUAUACGUAAAAUGAAAGUAUGGAUAUUGUAUGUAUAAAAUGAAGUAAAUGAUAACAUAACCAUUAACACGAAUUUUAACGUCUUGAUCACUCUCAUGUAAAUGUCCUAUCGUGUUCAAACAUAUGAGGACUUUCUUGAAAACAAAUUAUCCUAUUUUUACAUUCAUUUCGUACCGUUUCCUACAGAAAUAUCGUUUAACUACGGAAUUAUCUUUUCCAUGGGCCUUUUUUUAAUGAAAUAUUUAAAUUUGAUGUAUGUAAAUGUUAUUUUUUAAACUGAAUUCAAUAUUUUGAUUGCAUUUUAGUUCAAAUGGAACCCAGUCCUAUAUUUUCAAUAUUUAUUGGUGUGCACAAACUUUUUUCGUCAUAUUGGAAAUUAUACCCUAGGAACUAUAAUUAUUAGAAAACUUUUUAGUACCUCAUCUCAAUCAAAAAUCUGUUAAAAUAAACUGUUCAAACAAGAAGAACCCAACACAAACCCAAAAUUGCUAUUUUAAUUUGAAUAUGUAUAUGUAAAAUAGAACUUAUACUAAAUAUAUACAAACAACUAAAUUUAAUAUAGUAAGUAAUGAUUUCAUGUAAUUCUGUACGAUAAAUAAAUCAAGUAGUAAUAAAA